AUGGCGGGCGAACAGGGAGCCGGUGGCGGCAUAGAGAGCAACCGUCGGCAUUUGUCGACUUCUACUCGUGCCAGUGCCGAUAAUGAACCCAUCCAAGAGACAGAGCCCCAGACGGGCAAGCAGACCGAACAAGAAGAGGCCAAGGCCCAAUUCCAACAACCUUCCCAGGACUCUCCCAGAGGUUUCAACCCGCCUUCAAGCACGUCAACUCCUUCAUCAGCACCCCUGAUGGCCAGGGCAUCUUCCAACAGUUCCACGGUUUCGACUCCGAGCGCGCCGACAGACAGCUACUUUGCACCAGUCCCUGAGGCAAAGGCACCCGCACCGAGGCCAUCUCGCCCUCUCGAGCCUCCAGUCACCAAGGGUACCUUGAGCGAGCUGGACGUGUGCAAAAUCAUGCACAAUCCCAAGUUGCGCCACGAUAUUAAUUUUGACCCCGAGCUGCAUUUCCGACCCAACCUGGAUGGAGACAAGGGCAAGCGGAAGCAACAUAAGGCGGACCUCUUCUGGAAUACCUUGCAGGACCAACUGGUUGAUUUUGUGAGGGAACCGGAGGCUUUCUACGCUGCUCACGGCCAGACGGACGAUUGGUGUUUGCCAUCACUCUUGAAGGCUGUGAAGGACAUCAUCCAGACUUUGGUUCCCCAGAGAGACAGGGUUUACUUGGAUGAGGGACUCAACGUCGAUCUGCUGAUGCAGCAGUUCUACAGGGGCGUCGCGGAUCUGGAAAAGUUGGCCUUGUGGUUGUCUCGCGUUCUCAAGUCACAUUGCGCCCCAAUGCGUGACGAAUGGGUGGACCAGAUGUACAGCCAGCUCAGCAAUGGAAACAGGACGAAUAACGUGGAGGAGUUGGUCAAGGGCAUGAAGAGCCUGUUGAGCGUGCUGGAGGCCAUGAAGCUUGACGUUGCCAACCACCAGAUUCGUUGUCUCCGCCCUAUCCUGAUCGAGGGAACCGUUCCAUUCGAGCGCAAGUUUUUCGAGAAGAAGAUUCAGGGCAACAAGUUGGACGUUACGCAGGCGAACGCAUGGUACAGGGACGCCGAGGACCGAUACGCAUCAUCCGUCUCCGCCGUUGCGGCACACUCUUUCGGCGAGAUGUCUGUGUUCUUCGAAGCUAUUUCCAGACUCAUCCUGCCUUCGGUCUCGGAGAAGGCUCUGCCUAAUACCUUCAUCUUUGAUGAGGAGCGCUUUAUCAAGUUGCGAGCUGAUAUGCUGGACGCUAUCAACCUGGAAGUCUGCAUGCGAAUGUUCGACGACCUGGAACGCGUUGGCCGACUUGCUGUUUUCGACGUGGAUCGAUUCGAUGAAGGGACUCGCAGCCGACCAGCUUCUUUGACGCCAGCCUUCGACUUCAACACUCCCCCCUCGCGACCCUCAAGUCUCGCCUUUAGCGCGAGUGGCUCAGCAACCUCUUCUCCCAGAUCUUCACUGGUAUUCGCUCCUGCCGAUCCCGUAGACUCUGUGGCGAAGUCCAAGGAACUCUACAACUCACUCGUCGCCUUACUUCACACCUCACCACCGCCACGCCGACACGAAUCCCGCUGGGAAGCCCUGGCACCCUCCUUGGCUGUCCAGAUCUUCCGCUACUGCAACGCCCCGUCCGACAUGCUUCCCGUUUUGGAAUCAAAGCUCGCUUCCAACGUUUGCGACGUCAACAGCUCGAUGUUCCAGGAAGUUCAGGAGCAAUUCCACGGUAGGCUCUUGGUGGAGCUGCAGAGGCGGGUCAGGGAAUACCGUGGCCUGACAGGCGUUGGACUGUUUUCAGUCGCCACAGGCGGUCGUCCCAACGGCUCAGGGCGGUCAUGGAGUGGCAGCCCCGACCGCGAUGGCCGGGAGCCCUCCGAGACCAGCCGCGAAGUCCGUGAGGAUGGCGGUCUCGAAGACAUGGCGACUCGGCUGGCGCACCUCGGUAUUCUUCACUGGCGCGUGUUCGCGGGCCUGGCCUAUACCUCCGAGGAACAGGCCGACAGCGUCAUGGAGAUGAACCAGUUCUAG